UUCUGGGAUUGAAUUGCAAACCGCAUAGAAAGAAUCCACGUGGGAUAAUUACAAAUAAGUCUGGGGAAGGCAUUUCUGGUGCUUCUAGUAUUAAAUCAUUUAUACCUUUUAUAAACAUCGGCCUCGCAUAUCAUUCCUCCAAAGCUCCCCCCCCCAAACAAACUUUCCCGUCCGUGACAUAAUGGCUGCAGGCGAAGCAGGGUCGGGAAGGACGGAUUUAUUUCACAGAAUGACAGAUAUUGAUGAAUUUGAACAUUUAAAUCAGGCACUGGAUAUAAAUAAUUUAGUCAGCUCAGAACAAAUUUUGAACAAGUUGGCAGAUACGGUAGCCACGUUGUGUAUGGGCUUGCAGGAGGUUGAUAAAAUAGACAAGGAACAACUGAUUACAUUAGCAGCUUGCAUAGUUCGAAAGCAAGACGAACUAGAUAAUAUGAAAAAUGAGAUAGAGAGUCUUAAACUUAACCUGAAGAGUUCAAGUUCCUUGAGGGAAGAGGCACAGCUCAUGGGACAACACAUUAAAUUAGUAGAAGCCGAAAAUCAGAAGCUAUAUUCCAUGCUGCAAUUGCAAAACGAGAGACUGGAAAUUGCACAACAAAAGUUGCAAGAACUGCGAACAGGGCGAAUGGCUGAAGCAGCCGCUGCCGCUAGGCAGCCGCCGCUGGAAACCGAAACCGCGGCAAACGCGGCACUUGCCGUGCCCGCAACCCCGUCCGGGGACCCCAGAGUCGUUUUUACCGAGCCGCGACCCGAAUCGCCGUUUCCCCGAGACCUGCCAGACGCAGCAAUACGCCAGUGGCGACCGCAGCAGCCACGCCACGAACCGCUGCCCCCCGAGCGGUAUGAACUGCCGUCUGUCCGAGAUCUGCCGCCGGCACGAUCUCUUCAGCCGCCGCAGCAGGAACAGCGACGGCAGCCUUCACCAGUCCCUUUGCCGCGCACCCGAGUGUCCCUAAAUCAGCGACAAUCGCCGCCACCACAGCCACUGUCGCCACGAGUGACCACUCUUCAUACCGCCACGACUCAAACGGAGCGCCGCGCCGGACAGCCGCCGUUGCACAGCAGCUAUGGCUACGCACAUCCGCAGCCUCGCCGCAAAGAGAAGCACCGCCCCAAGCCCUUGCCUGGAAACACGCCGAGCAGCAGCGACGAGGAAACGGAGGAGAUCCACGGGAGAAUGAGACCCUUCUCCGUGAGACCCGUGUUCAAAUCGGAAACCGUUUACGGGAAAAGGGGCAAAGGAACCACGACUGCGCGAACCCGACCAUACACGGCACUGCAGGUGCGUGAGUUUAGGGAAAUGUAUUCCCGCAUGCCUCAUGAAACCAUAACUGACUAUGUGUACAGGGUGGUGGAGAGUGGUGCCCAUUCGGUAAUCUUGUCCCGCGAGGAAGUGGGGAGAAGUUGCUGGGGACCUGCAGUGUUCCUUGGGAAUGGUCCCGAGGGGGAUGUUGCAUUAAGUUCUAGAAUCUUUUAUUGGGCUAGUUCUUUUGAUCCUGUAGACAGGGAUGAACCAACAAAAUUUCGUAUCACAACUUGUGCUGAAUUGGAUGAAGCAGUCACUAAGCUGGCGUGUGUGCAGGCUAUGUAUGAGGGGGGAAUUUAUCCCAAUCCUAUGGAUGCCCCGAUAGACCCACGACGGCUAAGACCCUUAGUAAAAGGUCUGUCAGGAACUUUAAGGAGCAUAUGCGAUACAAGAAAAGAGCAAAUUGAGGAGCUAAUACAAUUUGGUGUUACAACAGGGUAUAAUUUAACCUACUACAUGACAUGGGGAGAUCUGUUGGAGGAAUUAUCCAUCAAAGGGCAUAAUUUAGGUUAUUAUGAACCCGUAUCUCCGCCGGCAUCCUUUUUUGAGAAGCAGCAGCCUGGAAACAAAGGCAGCUACGUGGUCACUCCACGUGGGAAGAAGCAGGACGUGCGGCACGCAAAGGCGUCCCAGAGUGCCUACUCUGGUAGUCCUGAAAGCCCCAAAGGGAGUCCCAGAAGGAGCCCUAGAGCGAGCCCACGGUCUAGUCCCAGGGGGAGCCCUGAGCUAAAUCGUCGCUAUAGCUCGAGGAUGUCCUGGGGGCAGAGUCCCUAUUUUGGGCAAGAUGCAUACCAGAGGCAGAACACCAAAUAUGGGGUGAAACCCCGCGACUUGUUGAAAAGGAACCGGGCGAGAGACCCCAUGAAAGCUGAAUUGUUUGGAAUAAUGGGAGGUUUAGAAAAAAGGAUGCAAGAUAUAGUAGCUAAGGCUAUGAAACACCUCCUUGAAGAAAGGGAGACAGGAGGGAACCACGGUAGGAGUUCCAGAGCCGCCUCUCCUAACAGGCCUGAUCAGUCUUUUACUUCUGAUCAGCAGGGGGCCAAAAGCAAACAAAAAAACUAGAAGUAGCGGUGAAUGAUUCAGGCCACAUUUAUCGCUUCGUGUAUGCAUGCCAAUGGUCUGACAAACCUGAACCUGCUAUUAUGAUUCCAACAGGACCGGACAGAACUGCUGUGAAGUAUCUAAUAGAUACAGGCGCACAAAUUACAGUGCUAAAUGUGCAACUGGCAAAAAGCCUAAGAAUCCUGCCAUCCAGGAGAAAGGUAAAGAUAAUGGGUGUCACAGGACAGCCCAACCUAUGUCCCUUGGCUAAAACAAGAUUAUGGUUACCUGGGGAAAAAAGGAGCACUAUAGUAGAAGUGGCCUUAAGUCCCUAUCCAGGAAAUAUUCUAGGAUUUGAUGCUUUAGCAGGCAGGAGAUGGCAUCUUCCAGAUGGUACAUUAUGGAGCUUUGGUUAUUAUGAAAUGGGGGCAAAAGGGGCAAAAUCAGCCCAUGCUCGUGUCCGAAUGUUGCAAACUGCUCCUCCACUACCAAAAUCACAAAUUACUUGUGUUGCACAAUAUCCAUUACCAGCAGCAGCUAGGCAAGGCAUUACUGAAGUGAUAACUGACCUGGAGAAAAGGAAGAUCAUCACCAGAACACAUUCUCCUUACAAUUCACCCGUCUGGCCAGUCCGAAAACCAGAUGGCAGGUGGAGAUUGGCUGAAUGGCUACACA